AUGUCUUCAACAACUAGUUUAAAAUCUAAUGCUACAACUACUAUAUCUAAUACAUCAAAUGGUACGAAUAAAAAAAUCCCCGCUUCAAAUUUUAAACCAAGAACAAAAUCAAGAAAUGGAUGUUUAACAUGUAAAAAGAAAAGACUUAAAUGUGAUGAAACAAAACCAACAUGUUUGAAUUGUAAAAAAAAGAAAAUAGAAUGUGGUGGAUAUGCAACAAAUUUUAAAUGGAAACUGUUUAAUGAAAAAGAUAAAUCAAAUAUAAAUCAAAAUUUUUUACAGAAACAUUUAGAAUUGGCUAGUUUUUCAGUUACUGGUAGAUCAAUUGAUGAAAUUACGAAAGAAAAUGAUUUGAUUUCUAAAGGUUUCAAUCCUGAUUCAGCAAAGAGUAUACCUACGGUGAAUACCGACAGUCAAAUUUCAACUCCCUCCAGUCUACCACACUCACAACAAUUGCAACAACAACAACAACAACAACAACAACAACACUUGGGACAGCAUCAACAAGCUCAACAAGAUCAGAUUCAACCAAAUCAUCAUCAGCAGCUGCAACCACAACAACCACUGCAUCAGCGAAGAUAUAGUUAUGCAAACAUACCAAAUCAAUCAUCUCCUACAUCAUCCGUUUUACAUAGAUCAUACUCAGAUCUGUCUCCAAAUUUUGAUCUAAGAUCUAUUGGAAAUAAUGAUUUAAAAUCAUUGGCAGAUGCAGCAGUAGUUGAAAUUGAAAAACUGCAAACACCAAAAGAAACUUUAUUUUCAUCAAAUUUUGAAAAUUUAAUUAAUCAACCUAAUCAAUCGAUACCAAAGAAAAAUUAUAAUAAUAAAACUGAUGAUUUUGAAAUUAAUUUAACUCCUUCAUUAUCUGCUAUUUUAAAUUUUGCUUUUAAUUCAGAAGAAAUUGAUGUUCAAUCAAUUGAAACAUUAAGUCCUUUAAAUUUAAAUAAUAAACCAUUACUUAUACAAGAAUUUUCAAAUCCAUCAACUCCUGCUCCUCCUAAUUUUGAUAAUAAUAAAUCAUUAAUUAAAACCGCUGAACAAGAACAAAUAAUAUAUCUUUAUUCUGAAUACACAUCCGGAUUAAUGUCUAUAAAAAAUGGUAUACAUGAAAAUCCAUGGAGAAAUAUGAUUUUACCAUUAGCUACUAGAUAUAAUUGUUUAUAUAAUUCUAUAGCAUCAAUGACUAUGUUUCAUUUAGCUGGUUCAAAUGGAAUUGUUUCAUCAACAAAAGAAUUAAAAUCAAGAGGUUAUAAUUAUAUGAAACGUUGUAUAUUUGAAUUAGCAAGUGGAUUAUCAAAAAAGGAAAAUGAUGGAGAAAAAGAAUUACCAAGUGAUAUUGCAUUAGUUACGUGUUUAAAUUUAUCAAAUUGUGAAAUUUGGGAUACUCAUAUAUCAAGUGGAAUAGCUCAUUUAAAAGGAGCUAAAAGUAUUAUUAAUAAAAUAUUAACGUUAUUAAAAGAUGAACAAACAAGAAUUAGAACAAAUAAAAUUGAAAAUAAUAAUUCAAUAAAUAAUGAUUCAUUUCAACUUAAAAAUAAAUUAGUAUUAAUUGAUCAAUUUGAAUAUGAAAAAAUGUGUCAUGAUUGUAUUACAAAGCCUGAUAUAUUAGCAAUACCAAAAAGUAUACAUUUUUUAUUUAAUAUAUGGAUUUAUUUUGAAGUAUUAGCUCAAAUGACAAAUGAUUCAAGUUGUGAUGAAAAGGGAGUAGAUUUGGUAGCUGUUAUUACAUCAAUGUUAAAUCAUGAAAAUAAGAAUAAAAUUGAAAUUAAAUCACCACUGGAAAUAAGUGAAUCAUCAACUGAUAAAUUAUAUAAUUUUUUUGAUGAAUUUGAUGAUUUUAAUUAUGAUUCAGAAAUGGUUGAUCCUUUAUUAGGAUGUGGUCAAUCAUUAUUUUCAAUAUUAGGUAAAGUUGCAACUUUAGUUUCUAAAAUACGUAAAAAUAAAUCAACAACUGGUAAACACAGAAAAAGAAAUACAUUAAAUACAAUAACUCAUGCAACAGAUUUAAAACAUUCAUUAACUGAAUGGAAACCAACAAUAAAUUCAAGAAAAUUAGAAAAUAAUGAAGAAGAUAAUAAUAAUUCAAAAACUUGGGAUUUAACUUCAUGUUUAGCAACAGCUGAAGCAUAUAGAUAUGCAGCAUUAUUAUUUUUACAUCAAGCAGUUCCUGAAAUUCCAUCAUUACUGUCUCAUAUAUUAGCUGAAAAAAUUUUUGUUUUAUUAGCUUCAAUACCAAAAUCUUCAAAUACUUAUAUUGUUCAUAUUUUCCCAUUAUUAGUUAGUUCAUGUGAAGCAGAAAUUGGAGAAGAAAGAGAAUGGUGUAAAUCAAGAUGGAAAGUUUUAUCAGAUAAAAUGUGGAUUGGAAAUGUUGAUAGAACUUUUGAAGUUGUAAAAGAAGUUUGGAAAAGGAAAGAUGAAUUAAAAAUUAAAUCAAAUAAUAAUAAUAAUAAUGAAGAUGUUAAUAAUAUUAAUAAUAAUAAUAAUCCUUUACAUGGUUUAAUGUCAAUUAUAAAUAACGAUCAACCUAAUAAUCAUAUAAAUCCUGAUUCUUGUGGAUUUAUAAAUUCUAAAACUCAUUGGUCAAAUGUUAUGAGAGAAUGGGGUUGGGAAGUUUUGUUAGGAUAA